ACAUGAUUACUAAUGUAUUACUAAUCAUUAGGCUAUCCUUUGCUCGGUCAUCCUGUCCAACGACUCGGACAUCCAUGGUCUGCAAGAAGUGUGAAUCAAAACUGUCCAAGGUUGCCGCUCCAGAUCCGUUCACCUCCACAUCUCAAAGUGUAAAGGAUGGAUCACGAAGAGUAGGCGAGAACAAGCUACUAAGCCGACCUGGGAGCUCGAAGAACAGGUUUCAGCCGUAUCAAAGCAAAUGCAAGGAUUGUAAGCAGCCUGUGACGCAAAAUAAAGCAAAGUAUUGCCAUGGUUGUGCAUAUAAGAAAGGUCUCUGCUCUAUCUGCGGCAAACAAAUAUUGGAUACGACUGGGUAUGUGAUGUCUAGCAAGUAAUUGAAAUCCGGUGUGUUGUACUACAAGAUACCAUUGUAAUAUGAUCUUUAACAAUAAUGUCGCACCUGGUGUUUUGAACGUGAGCGCAAGGGUCAAUUCAGGACUAUCAAGGAGGUGCUAGCUAUCAUGAUUCACGCACAUCCUGCCCUAUAUACUUCUCAUAUGGGGUCAGUCGCAGCCCACGCUUGAUUCCAGAGCCCAGCUCAUCUCAGCCGAUGACGCAGAGGCUGCAUCUGGACGAAAAGGACCCCGCUGGAGUGAAUCAGCAGCAUUGUUGCACGUUCAAGUUGUUCGCCAACGUCCUGCAGAUUUCAUUCUAGAACAUCGUGUUUACAACACUAUUGAAAUGUCUGGUCGGGCACGUUUCAGAAGGGUCAGUUGUAAGCUUCACUUGUACUAAUCCUAGGAAACCUGAUUGUCGAUGGCAUUUCAAUUGUCCUGCGU